AUUGACAAAUAAUUAAAUAGUGAAGUUGCAAAAUUGAAAUAGUUACAAUGAAGCCCAAAAAGCCCAAAAAAAAAGAACACAAGCCCAAGAUUGUCAAUGAAGAAGUGGGGUUGCCCACCUUCGACCAUUUCAACUUUGGCAGGAAGCACGUCUUCUUCUUGUAUAUCAGUAUCAUAACUUCUCCAGAUUAAAGAAGCCUAAUUUCGAGAUAGAGAUUGUUGGGGCUGGCUAGGAAAUACUUUAAAAAUUUCUCUCAGUACAUAUUCCGAGCACAAUCUGAAAGUGUUACCAAAUAUGAGAAGGGAAAAAAGAGAGCCUAAUUUAGAGGACCCAGAAAGGAGUUGAAAAGGAAAAAUGUUGGGUAUGAAGUUUUUUGGCUGUGCAUUGUCUGCGCAUAGAAAUUUUAGCACCAAAAUCACUGGCAAAAACUCGAAAUGGGCUCAAGGUAAAUACAAGAGCGGAUACAAAGCUAGAGAGGGAGAGGCCAAAAACACUAAAACCAGAGAGAGAGUUCAAUGGACUGACCAACAAAAACAAGUCAUGUCAGCCAUUUCUGAGGGAAAAUCUGUGUUCAUUACCGGUUCUGCGGGGACCGGGAAGACAAUCUUGGUUAAGCAUAUUAUCAAACAAUUGAAGAAACGUCACGGACCUUCAAAGGUUUUUGUCACCGCACCUACUGGUGUUGCGGCUUGCGCAAUUAGUGGGCAGACCCUUCACUCUUUUGCUGGUAUUGGAUGUGCCAUGGCUGAUAGGGACACUUUGCUACAUAGGAUUUCCAAAAAUGAUAAGGCUUAUAAGAGGUGGCGGAAAGCCGAGGCGUUGGUUUUAGAUGAAAGUAGCAUGGUUGAUGCAGAGUUGUUUGAGAGUCUUGACUUCAUUGCCAGAGCCAUUAAGCAAGUCGAUGAAGUUUGGGGUGGGAUUCAACUUGUUGUGAGUGGGGAUUUCUUUCAGUUACCGCCUGUUAAACCUCAACAGAAUUCAGGGGGUAAGGAAUUUGCAUUUGAAGCUGAGUGUUGGGAUUCUAGCUUUGACUUACAAGUUAACCUUACCAAGGUUUUUCGGCAAUCUGACCCUCAACUGAUCAAGUUGCUUCAGGGUAUAAGAAGAGGGGAGAGUGAUCCUGAAGACUUAAAGUUACUAGAACAGUCUUGCUCAAAAGCCGAGCCAGAUCCUACUGUGGUACAACUCUAUCCAAGGAAUGAAGACGUAAAUAGAGUGAAUUCAAGUAGAUUGGCAAGCUUGGGCAAUGAACUUGUUGUUUAUACAGCUGUUGAUAGCGGGGAGGAUUCUUUGAAGAGACAGCUUGAACAGGGGAUAGCGCCUAAAGAAAUUGCCCUGUGCGAAGAUGCUAGGGUGAUGCUGGUAAAAAAUUUGAAUACUUGGCGUGGCCUGGUGAAUGGUGCCACUGGAACUGUUACAGGAUUUUAUGAGUCAGAGGAUGUGGGUGUGACAAGAAUAUGUGAUGAUGGGCUGCUACCGGUUGUUAGAUUUGAUUCGGGGUUAGAAAUGACGAUUGAACCAAAUACAUGGACUGCGAAUGAGGGAGAUUCAGUCGCUAAAAGAGAGCAGCUACCUCUCAUAUUGGCAUGGGCUUCAAGCAUUCACAAGUGUCAGGGCAUGACUCUUGACCGCCUUCACACCGAUCUCUCUAGAGCUUUCGAAAAUGGAAUGGUUUAUGUAGCUCUUUCCCGAGUGAGAAGCUUGGAAGGCCUGUAUUUAUCUGGUUUCGACCCUUCGAAGAUUAAGGUGCACCCUAAGGUUGCGCAGUUUUAUAACAAAUUUACUAGUGAACAAGAUAAGGAGGGUGAGGAUGAUAAUGUCAGCCAGAACAAAAAUGGCAGCAAUGAUAACAGCAGCCAGGAAAUUAAUGGCAGAAAAUACAUGCGGGCUUACAUCAAAUAAACAUUGGAGGAACAAAUACCAAUUUUCUCUUUCUGAAUUGUGAUGCCCAUCAGUCCAGGAAAAAGACUGAAAGAUGCUAGAGUAAAAAUUAGUACUUGUUCAUAGAAUAAGCCUGAGAGGUGCCCUCAACAUAGCAUCUGAUCAGAUUUUUGGCAAAUAUAAUCUUGUCAACACUGUUAAUGGUUAUCAGUUGUUUUAGGCAUAUUCUAAUUAAUUUUUUCCCUUAUCA